AUGCCCGGCCGACAACGUAUCCAGCACAAACAAGACGAACCAGUCCCGGACUAUGAGGCCCUGGAAGCGGAAGCAAGACGGUACAAACACGCGGUUUUCCUACUCGUCGAAACAAUCCGGAAAAAUUCUCCGGCAGACACCCUCGAGCUCAUCGACGCCAUCCGCAACACCAAGUCGGUUUCAGAGGCCGCUGGGCUUGUGAUGCAACUGUCAGAAACUGCUAGCUCACCUGAAGGAGGUACUCAAAGAGAUUCAGAGGCGCGCUCUCAAUAA